AUGUGGUUUAAGUUUGGUUGUGAAAAUUUUAGGUUUAGUUUGGCUGAGUUUGCGGUCAUAACUGGUUUACUGUGUAAUGGUGAUAACGAUAUGAAAAAGUAUGCAAAAAGGGAGAAUGCAUUUGUCGAUAAGUAUUUUUUUGAGCAGCAAGUUACUCAUGGUGCGGUUGAACAAAGAUUUAUGUUUAGUGGGUUCAAGAGUGAUGAGUAUGCUGUUAAAAUGGCAAUUUUGUACCUUCUUACAAAUGGGUUGAUUUGUAGUCCUGCAGUAAAAAAGGUUUUUGAUGAGUUGAUGAAUAUUGUGGGGCUUGGUGAAUAUGAUAGUUUCCCUUGGGGGAAAAUUGUUUUUUAUCUUACAUUGCACAAUUUGAUGAUUGCUUUGAGGGGCAGAAAAAGAACAGAUUUGUCUGAUGAUUCUUGUGGUAAGGGAAAAGCUAAGGUGAAACGCAAACAGACGAAAGAAAAUAGUAAAACAUACAAGUUACCUGGUUUCCCUUAUGCGUUUAUGGUCUGGUUAUAUGAAACCAUUCCUUUAUGUCUUAAGGCCUCUAUAUGCCAAUAUGAUGCUUCGGAAGAGUAUAGGAUUUGUAGGUGGUCAACUCAAGCUAUUCUCCCCACUGAUGUUGAAAGAAAGAUGAUGAAACUUGAAAGUUUUGAUUUCCCCGUGGUAGAAACUUCUGAAGAUGAUUUUGAUGAUGAGCCAUUAGAAAGGAAGCAUUAUGAGAAAGGUGACCUUUCUAGUAUACAGAGAAGUUAUGGUGUGGGGAAGUCUGAUCUAGUAGAGUUAAGGAACAACGUGAAGAUGCUUGUUGGUAAUCAAACAAAAUUUGAUGAGUCUUUGAGUUUGUUGAAGAAUGAGAUGAAGUGUAGUGUUAAGGAAUUCAGUGAUGAGGAUACUUUUAACAUGAAUGAUGAUGACCUUGUUUUGACAAAUGAAGAGGAGCUAGUUGUGGAGGUUGAAAAAGUUGAAGAUGAAAUGUUGGUAGAUAAUAAGGUUGAGGAAGUUUUAGAUGAUACGAUUGUAGAGAAUAAGAAUGAUGGUGGUAGUCAGCCUACUUUUGAUAUAAUGUGUUUUAUUACAUCACAACCUAGUGAUGAUAAUGGGAACGAUGAUAAGAAAGAAGUGGUUGAUGAUGAUCAUGAGAUGUUCAAAAACGGGUCUAACAAGUUAAGGGAAGAUGAUAAUGAUAGCGAUGACAAGGGUAUUGGUGGUGAUGAGGUUGGUGCCAAGGAAGUUAAAGGUGGAGGUAAUGUUGGUGCAUCUAGUGGUGGAGUGAGUGCUGGUGAGUCAGCUGUCAAAGAAGGCAAGGAGGUAGUUGGUGGGGGUGUAAAUGAGAAGGUUGCUGAUGAUAAGUUGGGUGAUAGUCAAGGUACGGAGGAUAGUAUAACACUAUUUGCUUUAGAGAAGAUCAAUGAUAUUGAGGAAAAAAUUGCUAAGGGUAAGGUGUUGCACAAUGAAAUAAUGGCUCCUAAUCAGAGGAAUAAUGCAAAGGGUUUGACUGUGGAUUUUACGUCUAAGGUUGUUAAAAGGCCUGCGAAGCCUGGAUCUGUAAUGAAGAGUCCUUACACAACAAAUUUUGGUUCGGCCAGCAGUGGUAAACCAACGGGUGAAGUGUAUGGAUUGUUUCCGUUUUCAAAUGGAUUGAUGGUCAUGCCAGAUGAACUUCAAGUUAAAUCAUUUGAGCAAUGGUUUAAUGUUGGUUUCAAUGAUAAAAACAAAUUGAAGAAGUUCAAACAAGAGUAUCGAGUAUUGAAGGUGCUGUUAAAUUUUGUUGUUGUGAAGGUUAACGAUAAAAUAUGGUUUUACGAUCUGAGAACCCCGGGGAGGAAUUUAUCAUGUUCGCAUAUUGAUGUGUGCUUUUAUUACUUGAGGAAGCAAAUUAAGUAUGACAAAAGUGUGAGGGUUGCUGCCAGAACCUCUGAUUGUUUUUUUGCAGCCCAUAUAUUUGAUUUGUACAAUAAGUUUUGUGCAAAUGAUGAGGAUAUUAAUUCUGUUCCUCGGGAUACUAAGGUAGCUUCGUAUAUUGCGGGAUUUGGUUUGUUGUGUGGUAAACCGUGGUUCGUUUUAGAUUUCAUGCUAUUUCCAGUCAAUGUAAUGGCUUUGGCACAUUGGAUUUUGUGCAUCUUUGACAUCAAGAUGAGAAGUCUUAAGGUGUGCAAUUCUUUGAGGCGUGAAAAGUUUAAGGACAAUCGUAGUUUUGUGAAUGCAUUUGCUGUUGUUUUGCCAUUUUAUUGUCUCAUGUGGAUUUCUAUGGUCGGAGGUCGGCUAUUGACAAGAGCACUCAGUAUUUUCAUGGAUGACUGUGGUGUAUUCGUUAUAAAGUAUGCUAAAUACUUUAUACAUGAAAUGAUCAACAAUGUCCCCAAAACUUUGAAUAUGGAUUUCGUUCGAAAGAAGAUGUGCGUUGAGCUUUCCGUGUAUGCUAUGAAGAAGGAGUUGAAUGGAUAUGAAUCUGGUUCAGCGUUAACUAGAAAGAUGCCCAAAGCUACUAGGGGAGCUUUGAAGAUUGGAUGA